AUUGAGGUGUUGACGUUUUGUUUUUCUCCCUGUUUCGCUCACGCAUUAGUGCAAUUUUUUAUUUCUUUUCAAAGCGGGGAAUUGAUGUUCAUGCCCCCCUGUCUCCGACUCUCCGCCAAUAUACCUAUUACGUUUGUAUUUUAGUUAGUAAGAUUUGCAACCCUAACUUUAAUACCAAAUGUCUCGUUAUCACGUGAAUGUACCUAUUACGUUUGUAUUCAACAAAUUUCAUGUUACUGACAAAAAAAAAAUAGAUUAAAAUUGAAAUAUAUAUAAUCAACAAAUUUCAUGUUACUGAUAAAAAAAAAAAAUUGAUUAAAAUUGAAACAUAUAAGAAAGGAGAAGCUUUAUUCUUUACUUCUUUUAUAAAUGAAGACAGAUGUACAUGUCCCAAGCUGACUCCGUCACUGUAUCUAUUAAAUUUGUAUUUUGAGUGAUAAAAUUUGCAACACUAAACUUUAGUAACAAAUGCCACAAAUACCAUGUGAAUAUCCUUUAAACAGAUUUCAUGUUACAAAAAAAAAAUUGAUUAAAAUGAAACAUAUAAUAAGAGAGUAAAAGCCUAUGUGCUCCAUAGCAUUCACAUAGCGGUUACAUAGGGGGAAAAAAUAAUAUGACCGUUGUCACAACUCUCAUAAAAAAUAUGACCGUUAACCAAUUCUAUCCGUUAAACCACCUUCCCCGAUUCAAAUAUCAGGUAAUCUCCCCUGUUUCUCCUACUUUCCAUUCUCUUCUCUCUUAAACUUUCUCUUUCACUCUCUUCUCAAUCUAAACUAUUUCCCAUUUCUGUAAUUAAUUUCCCUUUUUUCUUCAACAAUUAUCUGAAAUCCAUCAACAAUUAGUUCUAAUUUCAGUUCCAUUUUCGGAAAACUUUACUCUUUUUGUUCUUCAAACUCGAGUAAUUAUAAUAAAAUGGGAGAAUCAAAUGAUACCCACAUAGUAGAAAUCCCAGCAAACCAAGAUCAAAACCUGAAAACAGCAAUAAUGAUUCAACAACACCCAAUGAUGGAAAUCUCAAAAAGUCCAGGCCAUUUACUCCUCCUUAAACUCUGGCAAAGAGAAGAACACCUCUUUGCCAGUCGAAUCAACGUUAACGAAUCCAAAUUAGACAAUCUCCGGCGUGAGAUCUUCCACCUUUGUCUCUCCUUUCUUGUUUUCCAUGCCUUUGUGACAACCCUCCUCUUUACCUCCUCCUGCUCAUCAUCGUCUAUCCAAGGGGCUCAUUCGGGUUUAACCCGAUGUCAGAAAUGGUGGGUGCCGUCCCUACUUGGGGCGGCAACCUCGAAUGCUAUUGCGGUGCUGGUGCAAGUCAAAUUGUGGAGGUAUUGGAAGGUCACUGAGAGGUUGAGGAGGGAGAAAACCGAUUGCCGGGCGCUCGCCCGGUCGGUUCAAGAGCUCAGGAUGAAAGGGGCUAGCUUUGAUUUGGCUAAGGAGAUGAGUUUUUGUAACAUGAGCUAUAAGAUUAAGAAAAGCUCUAGUGUUGAGAUUAAAUGGAAGCCUAAGAUUUGGUGUUCUAAUAAUUUGGUUACUUUUUGCUUAAUUUUAUUUGCAGGUCUUGCAUUUCCUGCUCCCAAACUGUUUCUUUGCAUAAUUUGAUGGGGUUUUUAAGUGCUAAUUACUACAAUUGGGAAAUGUUGGACUAACUUGGAAAUUUUUGAGAUUGAGGGAUGAAGCAAUGUGGUCCGGUUGAAUUUUAUUUUUUUUUAAAAGUGAAAAAGAUUGAAUUUGAUGAUUUGUACAAACAAAGCAAAAGUGACCACUGCUUGUGUGCUUAAGAAAUUAAUUUAUCAAUUUUUUGAUUCAUUUGUUUUGAUAGAAAAUAAUGAGGAACAUACAUGAUAGUGUAUUUGAUUCUUAAUUACAUGGUGUUUAAUUUUACUUUAUUUGUAUUGUUGAUUUUAUUUCUUGGUGGUACACGUAUGUCCAAAUUUUAAACACUCAAUUUUGUACAACUAUUAUACAAAUAAUUAGUAAACUGCAUGAAAAGAACACUUAGUAAACUUAUUUUCUUUCCCAUACAUUUUUCAUACCAUACUUAAAAAAGUAUGCCGACAUAUUCUACCAUUAUAUAUUUCAUUGUCCAAUCAAUUUUACUUACUUUUUUUCUCAAGAUUAAUCAAACACUUUUACUACGUAUGGAAAAAAUUGAAUCCACAGUUUAUAAUAAGACAUUACUCCGUAGAAGAUUUGACAUAAAGGGGGAAAUUACAAGAUGUACCUAAUUUGUUUUCAAAAAAAAAAAA